ACUUCCUCAAACCAUUCCUAAAGGUUAACGACUUCUUAACCAGUCACGACGAUUCCAUCCUACAGUUAUAUAUGUCAUUUGUUUAUUGCCAUACUGUAGCCGAGAUUAGAUGAGACCUGUGCCUAGGUACAGUGCCUAUAUCCGGAUUUUCAACUGUAGAAGUCAAAGCGAGCGAGCGAGAUUCAUACGCACUGAGACAGCGCCGACCACAACAAUGCUUAAAACGAGGGCUUAAAGAACACGUUACAGAAAUAAAACGAGAUAUGCGUGUGAAGGCAUGUGAGGCCACCGUGCCUCAACUGAUGUCUACCGUGCAGCUUCUCACGUGGAACCGCGAGCUCCUGGUCUCACAGGUGAAGAGCACGCAGUGCAUCCUGGACAACCUGCUGAAAAGCGGCUUCUUCUGCCAGGAGGACGUGGAGACGGUGCAGCCUGCUGUCACAAAGGCGGACCAGGUGCGUAAAAUCUUGGAGCUUGUCCAAAGCAAAGGAGAGCCGGCCUGCGAAUAUUUCUUAUACAUUCUCUACAAAGUUUACGACGCCUACAUCGACCUCCAGCCAUGGCUUCAGGAGAUCAACUAUCAGCCACCGGACUUCAUACAGGAGAUACCCGUGGUCAACACAGACCCUAUCAGUCGCUACUGUGAGAAGUUGAGGCACGAGCUGCGGCGGGACACCCGCUUCAUCGCCUCGUACUCCCAUAGGGAAGAGACGCUGCUGGAGGAGUUGUACACCGACACCCAGAUGGAGCUGCUGGACGGACACAACGAGAGCCUGGGCUACCUGGAGAGCCUGGAUCAGCUCCUGGGGGAGCGGGGGGUCUUCAACCCAGAGGCCGAGACAGUCUUCGUGACCGGGGACGCCGGUGUGGGCAAAUCCCUCCUCUUGCAGAAGGUCCAGAACCUGUGGUCGAAGAGAGAGCUACGGACGGACGUCAUGUUCUUCUUCAAGUUCCGCUGCAGGAUGUUCAGCACCUUCAAGAAGACGGACGAGAUCUCCCUCAGAGACCUGCUCUUCAAGCACAACUGCUACCCGGACCAGGACUUGGACAACGAGGUGUUCGGGUACAUCCUUCGCUUCCCGGAGAAGGUUCUCUUCACAUUUGAUGGCUACGACGAGGUCCAGGGGGAGCUGGAUCUGGUGAAUGUGCCGGAGGUGGUCUCGCCAGAGGAUAAGAGCCACCCUCUCCUGCUGCUCAUCAACCUGCUCUGUGGGAAGCUCCUCAAGGGCUCCCAGAAAGUCCUGACCGCUCGGACGGGGACAGAGGUCCUGGCAAAAGUGAUCCGCAAGCGGGUAGCUCUCCAGGGCUUCUCCCUGGCCCAGCUGAAGACCUACACGUCCCUGCACUUCAAGGAACAGGAGCACAGAGACCUGGUGUGGGUCCAGCUGGACGCCAGCCCCCACCUUUGCGGCCUGUGCUCCACCCCCCUGUUCUGCUGGAUCGUCUUCAAGAGCUUCAAGCACCUGCACACCGUGUACGACGACUUCCAGCUGCCCGAGACCUGCGUCACGCUCACCAACAUCUUCCUCCUGCUGUCCGAGGUCUUCCUCAGCCGCUCGGCGCUGCCGCCGGCGGGGAUGCUGAAGAGGAGCACCAGGUGCGCCGCCGAGACCUUCCAAGCCGGAUCGCGGCGGCUGGUGGCGUUCGCCAAGCUGGCCUUACUGGGCUUGGAGAGGGGAGGCUUCGUGUUCAGCCUGGAGGAAGCGGUGUCCUGUGGGCUGGCAGAAGCAGACUUGCACGUGGGCUUCCUCCGGCCAGUCGGUUGCUACGACGGGACCGGUUCCUCGGACGCGUUUGAGUUCCUCCACCUCACCUUGCAGUCCUUCCUGGCGGCCUUUUCCCUGGUGCUGGAGGAGCAGGCUGGGGUGAGCUCCACGCUGAGGUUCUUCACAAAGUGCAGCCGGAAGAAAGACACUCCCUGUUUACCGUGGGCCUCCUGUGUCCGGAGAUCCUCCAAGCCCAGAGGAACAGAUCCAUUCAAAACCAACGACCACUUGCAGUUCGCCAACCUCUUCCUCUGCGGGCUGCUGGCCAAGGCCAACGCAGGCCUGUUGGAGCACUUGGUGUCCCCAGCGUUGCUGGACAGGAAGCGCUCGAUCCUCAAGUCCUACCUUUCCACCAGCGUCAGGUGCCACCUGCGAGGCCUUCCUGUCCACACCACGGACAACGAGGGCAGCAAGGUGCACGUUCUGCCCAACUUCCUGUGGAUGCUCAGGUGCAUCUUCGAGACAGGAAGUAGAGAGGUGGCUCAGCUGACAGCCAAGGGCAUCACGGCGAGCUACAUCAAGCUGGGGUACUGCAACGUCUACUCUGGCGACUGCAGCGCCCUGAACUACGUGCUGCAGCACAGGAAGAAGAGGCUCGGCGUGGACAUGGACAACAACAACAUCAGCGAUUACGGAGUCAAGCAGCUGCGGCCCUCGCUCAGUACCAUGACUGUGGUGAGGUUGUGUGUCAAUCAGAUCUCCGACAGCAGCGUUGAGAUCCUGGCUGAGGAGCUGACCAAGCACAAAGUGGUGGAAGUUUUAGGACUCUACAAGAACCUCAUCACCGACGUGGGAGCUGAGCUGGUUGCUCAGAUGAUCGAGGAAUGUCCGAAACUACGAACAGUCAAGAUUGGCAGCAACAAGAUCACCAGUGUGGGAGGGACGUACCUGGCCCAGGCCAUCCAGAAGAGCUCCUGCAUUUUUGAUGUUGGGAUGUGGGGGAACACUAUAGGAGAUGAGGGAGCCGUGGCGUUUGCAGAGGCCUUGAGGCAUCACCCCAGCCUGACCAACCUGAGCCUCUCAGCCAAUGGCAUUACCUCAAGGGGGGGGAGGAGCCUGGCCCAAGCAUUGAAGGAAAACACGGUUCUCAGGAUCUUCUGGCUUGUGCAGAAUCAGCUGACUGAUGAUGUGGCACCAGACAUGGCAGAACUAAUCAAAGCCAAUACAGGACUCUCACACUUAUGGCUCAUCAACAACCAGCUGACUGUGGCGGGAAUGCAGAUCCUGUCUGAUGCCCUUCCCCACAACACGGCCCUCAAAGAGAUCUGUGUGAAGGGGAACAGCGUGAGCCAAGAGGAAGAGGCGUUGUUCAAGGAGCAGCCACGGCUCCGCUUCCACUGAGGGGAUGUGGCGAGCGUGGACUGAGCAUGCUCCGAGCGUGGACUGAGCACGCGCGGAGCGUGGACUGAGCACGAGCGGAGCGUGGACUGAGCAUGCUCCGAGCGUGGACUGAGCACGCGCGGAGCGUUGACUGAGCACGCUCGGAGCGUGGACUGAGCACGCUCGGAGCGUGGACUGAGCACGCUCCUAGCGUGGACUGAGCACGCUCCGAGCGUGGACUGAGCACGCUCCGAGCGUGGACUGAGCACGCGUGGAGCGUGGACUGAGCAUGCUCCGAGCGUGGACUGAGCACGCUCGGAGCGUGGACUGAGCACGAUCGGAGCGUGGACUGAGCACGCUCCGAGCGUGGACUGUGCGUGGACUGAGCAUGCUCCGAGGAGAGCCAGGGGACUGGAUGCAGUUCUGCUUUUUAAAUGAUCAUUGUUAUCAUUAUAUGUAUCAUUAAAGUAUAUGUGCCUGCAGUGCAGUCUG